UAUGAAGGUGACCAGCAGCAGCUCGCGUCGUGACUGAAGUAUCGCGAGAGACUGCGGGAUGUUGGCUCCGGCUAAUGUGGCUAGGAGCAGCUAGCUUCGCGAUGGACUUCAAAGGCAAGCUUUAAAGUUGUGAAGGUGGUUGGCGUGAUGAAGAUGAGGUCCAGAUGGAGGAUGUGGUUCUUCAUGUGCACGGACGCGUCGAAGGACUCUGUACUUUCAUCGAGACCACCGAGAAGCUUCUAGAGCCGUUCACCUGCCGACCUCCUCCGGUCUUCGCCCCCUGGUUCUCAGACACCGCAGCAAAGAUCAGACCGGCUAAACGUCCGCCCGUCCUCAGCGGCGGCCAUCACGAGCAAAGCCCAGCUGACGUGUGCGGUCCUGGAGAUCAAGCGGCGGCAGCACGUGAGUCCACCAACACCACCACCAACACCACCACCACCAACACCACCACCAACACCACCACAGACUCCCCCAAGCGCUCCUGGAGCGUCUUGGCUUCCAGAGGUGCCGUCCAGAACUCGCCUUCCCUCUCCAAUCGCUUCCGUGGCAGCGUGGCGCUGCAUGGCCUGCACCCCCAGCAGAGGUCCAAGUGGGUCAUCAGCCAGCACAACUGUGGACCACAGGACUUGGAACAGGUGUGGCGGGCGGUGCAGCGCUGCAGUCUUGCCACGGCCAACGCCAACAUCCAGCGCCAGCGUGCAGAGAUCUGGGUGUUCUGUGACCUGCUGCACUCGGAGCAGGUGGGCCGCGUCCUGAAGGAGCGCCUGGAGCUGGCGGGCACCAUCGGCCUCUUCGUCCACAGGCGUGGACGCGUCUUCAGCCUGUAGCCCACCCCCCUUUUUAAAAUACUCAAUGUUUUUAUCAUCUAUUUUAGUGAUGUUUUCUGGUGACAUUGUAAUGACAAAUCAAACUGGAUUUGAUAUAAAUAUCAAAUGUGGCAUAAAGUGUUUUUGUGGUCUCCCCAAA